AUGACGCCCGUCCGCUUCGUGGUGGCUCUGAUUUUAGGGGCGCUCCCCGAAGUGGUCGGCUCUGAUGCAGUCCUCGUUUAUCCCCUCCACUACCGCCAUCGCCACCGGCCCCCUGCGGGUCCCCAGUUUCCUUACCGCCUUCCCACCCCGCAGCGGCCGCAGAGGGAGACCCCCUCCCCGCGGGCGCACUCCCCGCGGGCGCACGCCCCGCACCCCCAGCCAGCGCCCGGUGCUCAGCGUCCGCUGGCCCUCCACGCGCAGCACGCGCCCCAGACGCCCCCUGGAGACUGCCCUGCGGGGGGCCCCUGGGUCAACGUGACGGACUUUGGCGCCCCGUGCCUGCGCUGGGCGGAUGUGCCGCCCCUCCUGGAACGAUCGCCCCCAGCGGACUGGGCUCCCCUGCGAGGGCAGCGCCACAACUUCUGCCGGAGCCCCGACGGCGCAGGCCGCCCCUGGUGCUUCUACCGGAACGCGCGUGGCCGCGGGGACUGGGGCCACUGCGACUGCGGACACGGCACUGUCGGGAUCCGUGGUGGAAAGAAUGAGGUGGAGGGCACCGUGGAAGUGUAUGCCGACGGCGGGGGCCCAGUCUGCAGCAGCCGCUAGGACGGCGCGGGCACUGCGGUCGUCUGUCACCAGCUGCCGCUGGGAAGAAAGGGAGUCGCAAAACACACCCCGUUGUCCGGGCUGGGCCGCGUUCCCGUUCACUGGGCGCCCGAGGGGCGGGGCGGGGCGCGUCCUCAGGAGGCGGCGGCCGCUGUGCAGCGCUUCCCCCGGUACUGGGCACGAGGCGACCAGCAGAACGGUUUCAGUCCACACAGGCCUGUGCUCGUAGGGACGGAAGUAGAGGAGGGAGCAGCUGCUGUCAUAAAGGCCUAUGGGUUUUCUGGGGACCAAGGCGCAGGCCCUGCCUCCCCAGCCCUGCGCCUUGCGGGUGGGAGCAGCGAGCACGAGGGCCGCGUGGAGGUCUACCAUGCCGGUCAGUGGGGGACCGUCUGCGACGACCAGUGGGACGAUGCUGACGCGGAAGUGGUCUGCAGGCAGCUGGGCCUCAGUGGCAUCGCCAGAGCGUGGACUCGGGCCUACUUCGGGGAAGGGUCCGGCCCGGUGCUGCUGGACGAGGUGCGCUGCACCGGCAACGAGCUGGCCAUCGAGGAGUGUCCGAAGCGCCCCUGGGGCGAGCACAACUGUGGCCACGGAGAGGACGCCGGGGUGUCCUGCACCCCUCUCACGGAUGGGGUCCUCAGACUUGCAGGGGGGAAGGACAGCCACGAGGGUCGCCUGGAGGUGUAUUACAGGGGACAGUGGGGGACGGUCUGUGACGACGGCUGGACGGAGCUGAACGCGUACGUGGCGUGCCGGCAGCUGGGGUUUAGGUACGGCAAGCAGGCCCCCGCCAGCCCCUUCGGGGAGAGCGCCGGGCCCAUCUGGCUGGACGAGGUCAGCUGCUCCGGACGGGAGACCAGCCUCCUGCAGUGCUCCAGGCCGCCGUGGGGGCGCCACGACUGCAGCCACCGCGAGGACGUGGGCGUGGCCUGUGCCCCGCGCGGCGAGGGACACCGGCCAUCUCUGGGUUUUCCCAUCAGACUGGUGGACGGAGAAAAUGAGAGAGAGGGGCGAGUGGAGGUUUUCCUCAAGGGCCAGUGGGGAACCAUCUGUGAUGACGGCUGGACUGACAGGAACGCGGCUGUGACCUGUCGGCAGCUCGGCUACAGGGGCCCCGCCAGGGCGCGGGCCAUGGCGUACUUUGGGGAAGGAAGGGGGCCCAUCCACAUGGACAACGUGGCGUGCACGGGCAGCGAGCGGGCCCUCGCCGACUGCCUCAAACAGGAGAUCGGGAGGCACAACUGUCGCCACAGUGAAGACGCGGGCGUUAUUUGUGAUUAUUUUGGCAAGAAAGCUCCAGGUAACGGUGAUAAAGCGCCCGUCCCAUCCGCCUGUGGGCUCCGACCGCUGCACCGUCGGCAGAAGCGCAUCGUUGGCGGGAAGAACUCUCUAAGGGGCGGCUGGCCCUGGCAGGUGUCGCUGCGCCUCAGGUCCCCCCGCGGGGACGGCCGGCUCCUCUGCGGGGCCACGCUGCUGAGCAGCUGCUGGGUGCUGACGGCCGCGCACUGCUUCAAGAGGUACGGGAACAGCACGCGGAACUACGCUGUCCGGGUUGGGGAUUACCACACGCUGGUGCCCGAGGAGUUUGAAGAAGAAAUCGGAGUCCAACAGAUUGUCAUUCACGGGGCGUACCGGCCGGACAGCAGUGACCACGACAUCGCCCUGGUCAGGUUACAGGGCCCGGACGGGCAGUGCGCCAGGCUCAGCAGCCACGUGCUGCCCGCCUGCCUGCCGCUCUGGAGAGAGAGGCCACAGAAGACAGCCUCCAACUGCUACAUCACAGGCUGGGGCGACACAGGCCGAGCCUACGCCAGAACCCUGCAGCAGGCCGCCGUCCCCUUGCUGCCCAGGAGGCGGUGUGAGGAGCGCUACCAGGGCCGCUUCACCGGGAGGAUGCUCUGUGCUGGGAGCCUCCAUGGACACAGCCGUGUGGACAGCUGCCAGGGGGACAGCGGAGGGCCCCUGGUGUGUGAGCGGCCGGGAGCCAGCUGGGCCGUGUACGGGGUGACCUCCUGGGGGUAUGGCUGCGGAGCCAAGGGUUCACCCGGCGUUUAUACCAAAGUUUCAGCCUUUGUACCUUGGAUAAAAGGUAUCACCAAACUGUAA